CACAGUAUGUAGUCCUUGAGACCUACAGAAUAACUAAUAAUUAGUUUCUGCUUCUACCUUAUAAAUGCCAGUGAAUCUUCUUACAGCCUUCUUCAAGCGGGAGCUAAGUCUGAUUACAGUAUCUGACUUUGCCAUGGCUUUGUAGAAGCAGGUGAGUACAGCACAAUGAGGGAGGGAAACAGAAAUUGGAGCUAGAACUUUGUCUAAAGAUCUCAUUGAGUUUUACCAAAUUCAGUUCCAAACCACAGCCCAAACACAACCUAAUUUUCAUUUCAUCAUUGCUAAUGGAGACAUGAUCUCACUGACCCCCAGCAUUCUCUUCAGGCCCUGUCUGUGUUACAGAGCACCAUCUAAUAACCCUGUUACAUGCUGCUGCAGGAGAUGUGCCUGUGCCCCAUUAAAAGUUAAUGCUAUCUCAUGUAUUGACCGGGGACUUUCUAAAUGCAGACCACAGUUUAAAGAGGUAGCUUUACACUGUUACACUUGUGUUUAUAGGACUCUGAAGACAACCUGGAGACAGUGGACAUCUAAAAGUUUGCUGAAUCACAAGUUGAACAUGAUGUAAGAAAAUCAUACUGUUGCAAAAAUAAAAAGACUGACACCAUUCUGAACUGGUAAAGCAGGUAUAAAGCAAUUUAUUAAUUAGUCUUGACAUUGGCAAGGUAUCACAUGGAGCAAGAGAGUGAGGCAGCAGGGGUUUCUUAGUUGAAGGAAAACUGGGAGCAGAGGCAUAACUCUUUAGAAACAUAAAAUAGUUGCAAAACAUAAGGGAGUAAAGUAUCUUCCAUGUCCAUUGCCAGCAGGAAAUAAGUGAUAGGCUUGUACCAGGGAAUAGCUAAGUCAAGUUAGUGUAGGGAACACCUUUGAACCGUAAAGAACAGUGAAGCACUGAACAAGAGCAUUAGAGGAAAUGUUAGGAAUGUGUCACUGGAAAUCUUUGAGAGCAGGUUAGACAAACAUCUGUCAGGAAUAACGUAGAUACAGCAGACAUGACUGACACUAAAGGAAGGAAUUAGCCCAUACCGUGAACUCCAUUCCUGCUCUGUGUUUAUUGGAACCUCCGGAAAAAAAAUCUGCUAAGACUUCUUGAAACUUAUAAAAUUAUAGCUGUGAGGACCAUCUGUGAUUUGAAUCAAUCCAAGGGAAUCACUCUUUGUUGGAAUGUCACAGAAGGCAGCAGUGAUUUGAAGUGGCUGCAACCUCUGUACCUGUGGUCUCAAGGAAUCCCAUUUACAGCAGUGUAUCUGCAAAUCUCGUAAAAAAUAAGUUUCAUAUUACCUCUGUGUUAUGGGAACUACUUUUGCAUUGGAACUCUAAGGAAAAAAAAAAGUAAAACUCCAUCAAGGCAAAUAGGACAAUGGGGAAUGGAUGCCCUUCCAGUUCCAAUAAAAAAGAAAAAUCUUGUGUGGCAUAUUGUGAUACGAUAGAAGAUUUGUUUUAUUUACCAGAUGAAUAGACAAACUGAAUAAUGAUCUGUUCAUCAGUAAAACAGGAAAAAACAGCAAAAGAAAACCUUCUUUCGAAGUGUUUACUGACCUAGCAGUGUAACAGCCUUAUCUCCCUUCCUCAGCCGUGCUUCUGAAUCAGCAGCAAUGACAUUUUCCAGCAAUCCCACAUGAAAGCCAAUGGAAAGGGUGAUGAGGGAUUUCCGCUCCGUGACCUCGCCCUGCACUGGGACAGCCACCACGCUGCCUCUGCCAUUCUUUCUAUGAAGCACUGCACUGACAGCUGGAGUUGCUUUCCAGAAGUCAUCUCAUCAUCUGACAGCAUCCAAUACCUUAACUUUCCUCAGCACAGGAGACAAACUACCUUGAAUUUCCUACUUUUCUGAGUUUUCCAAGCUGGUGGCAAUGGCAAAUUAUCUUGGAGUUACCUCAGCAGUGUCUUCCAUCUGGGUUAUGACAUUCCUGGCUCAAAAUUACUUUGUAACAGGUUCCAUUAAUUCACCUUGCAGGAUCAAGGGUAUAGGAAUUUAUCUUGAUCAGAAAGCGAAUUUCUCAGAAGCAAGUCAUGGAUGUAAUCAAUUCAACCUAGAGCUGGCCAGUAAAAUACAAGUGGAAGAGGCUUUGAAACAUGGCUUUGAAACAUGCAACUAUGGAUGGGUGAAAGAAGAAUUUGCUGUUAUUCCUCGGAUAACAUCCAACCAGAGAUGUGGUCAGGGAAAAACUGGAAUAGUAAAAUGGUAUGCUAGCAAGGAUAAAAAAUUUCAUCUCUACUGCUUCAAUUCCUCAGAUGUCCGGAUUAAUUCCUGUGAACCAGACCCAACUACACCUCCUUUAUCAAUGGCAUCAAGUGAUGUAACUGCAUCUUCAGCCUCUGAUUUGACUGAGAACACCACAGCAGUGUCUGCUGAGGCUGUGACUGAGGCAGGACAAUUCCUGAGAAAGAGAUUUCGAGUGGUGUGCGUGACUGAAACGCUCUCACCAACAGAGGCACCCACCACCACUCCAGUGCCAGAGGAGCCCUUCUCCACUGACUCUCCCAAGCUCACUCCCCACCUGGCCUUUAAGAAUGAUGCUGUUGUUUUUGGAGGUAUCCCCACUGCACUUCUUGUACUGGCAAUCAUCUUCUUCAUUAUCUCUGUUGUUCUAGCAGUCUGUUAUAUCAAAAAGUACAAGAAAACCUUACCAUUUAUAAACAAGAAGCAGCAAAAAGAAACAGUUGUAACUACUGCUCUCAAAGAGACAAAAUCCAAUGACCAAACACCUGAGAAGGAAACACAGAAUAAUGGAAAUAAGGUAGAAGACGGUAAAACUAAGCCUGAGGCCACAGUAAAGUGUCUAGAAGCAGAAGUUUAAAGGAAAGAAUGUACAGUUCUUGAUGGAAGUAUAAAAUAAAGCACACAGAACUUGGCAGUGCUUUAAACAUAAGUGAUUGUAAAUACUCAUAUUUUCUCCAUCUUUAACAUAUGAAACCUUGUUUUUUUAAUGAUUACAUCUUUGGCAACAAAUAUUCUUGCAGAAGAACAUGGUAUCCUAUUUACUUGAAAUAAAUUUUGCAAAUUCAUAUUACAGCUCAUUUUUCAUCUUUAAUAAAGAAGCAAUUAGGAAUAUGCUAUUAACAACAUGCACUGCAUUAACUAUUUGCAUGGAAUUUAGAUCAAUAUAUAACAAAAAGGUUUUUAUGUCUGGCUGGAGGAUGUCUGCUAGCUUAAUGCCUAAAAUAAAAACUGGCACUGUAGCUCUUCCUCAUGUAGAUUAGCUUAUUUCCAUUCAGUAGUUGCAUGCUGCUUAAAAAAAAAAGUCUGUUUACAAACAGAAGAAACAGUUCUGUUUACAAGGGAGUAAAAACUCAAUGGAUUAACCCACUGUCAAAUGCCCAAAGAAGGGUACAGAGAUG